CGUCUGUCAAGGGCGAUGUUGACAUGUGCAAGUGUAGUAGAAGACUUAGAUCUUAAAUUGUGGGAUGGAGGGCUUUUUUCAUUUGCUAAUUCUAUAAUUAAUGUAAUCAAAUAUAUGUAACAACUGUGUUAGUUGUGAGAUCAUUUUUGUAUAAUCAGCUAUUGAAACUAGGGCGAACGAGAUCAUGAGGGUAUGCAGGAGAGUAUGUGGUUUACAUAGCGCUGGGAUUCUGUUGUUGCCCUCAGUUGCGCCGAGAUUGUGUGGUCGAUGGAUCUCUCAGUUGAACAGGAUUUGUUCCUAUUCAACGUCUCAGGAACAGGCACCCAGGCAUUCCAUGCUACGGCAUCUCACAUCCAAAAUCAAGUCUACUGGGCCCAUUUCAGUUGCAGAAUACAUGCGAGAAGUUCUAACCAACCCCGUUACGGGGUAUUACGUGAAGAAUGACAUGUUGGGUGCCGAUGGAGACUUCAUCACCUCUCCUGAAAUCAGUCAGCUCUUUGGAGAGUUGUUCGGUAUUUGGUGUAUCAGUGAGUGGAUGGCAGCUGGGAAACCCAAAGACCUCCAGUUGGUGGAGUUUGGACCCGGUAGAGGCUCCUUGGCCAGUGACAUUCUCAGAGUGUUCAGUCAGCUGAAAACAGUGUUGACUGGAGCGUCAAUAUCUGUCCACCUGGUGGAGGUCAGCCCUAAACUGAGCCAGGUGCAGGCCCAGUGCCUGACAGGUGACCAGAGCCAGGUGUCCGCCAGUGAGAACGAGCCAGCGUACCGCACCGGCACCACCAGCACCGGCCUGCCAAUCUCCUGGUACCGCAGGAUCGACGAUGUCCCCCAAGGUUUCAGCAUAUUCCUUGCCCAUGAGUUUUUUGAUGCCCUGCCUGUUCAUAAAUUCCAGAAAACCGAGAAGGGCUGGAGAGAGGUGAUGGUGGACAUUGACCCGGCUGCCCCCGAUGGUGUGGACAAGUUACGCUUCGUCCUGCUGCCUUCCCCAUCCCUUGCCUCUGCUGUACUCACGCAGGUUGAUGAAAAGAGGCAGCAUGUUGAGGUCUGUCCUGAAGGAGCAAUUGUGGUCCAGCAGUUGGCCAAUCGGAUCGUGGAGCAAGGAGGCGCAGCAUUGAUCGCUGACUAUGGCCAUGAUGGAACAAAGACGGAUACGUUUAGAGGGUUUCGAGGACACAAGCUCCACGAUGUCCUAGCUGACCCUGGAGCAGCGGACCUCACGGCGGACGUGGACUUCAGUUACCUGAGACGGAUGGCGGGAGGCCUGGUGACCUGCAUGGGGCCAGUGUCUCAAAGAGUCUUCCUGAAGAACAUGGGAAUUGACACGCGUCUGCAGGUUCUGCUGAGGAGCUGUGCGGACCAGUCCGUCCGGGCCCAGCUCAUCCAGGGCUACGACAUGUUGGUGAACCCCCAGAAGAUGGGGGAGAGGUUCCAGUUCUUUGCCCUGCUGCAACCCGGCCGUCUGGUUACCCCAGCGAUGGGGGAGGGGAUGGAGAAGAGGAGAGGCACUGCGCCUCUUCCUGUGGCCGGCUUCAGCGAGCUUGGCCUCGAAUGAAGAGAACAUUAUUAAGGACUGGCCUGCAAUGGCUUACCUUUGUGUGGACAGUGAAAAUUGAAGUAGCACGUGUAUGCUACAUUGAAGUGCUUAUUAAGGAAUAUUAAGGAAAGAAAAUGGAUUUUGGUCACCAUUACCAUUUUGGACGAUUUCCACAGACACCUCAAACAGGAGUAUAUAGACGGUGUUGCCAGAGACACCAAAAAGGUCAUCAGAAAUCUUGACAAAUAUUAUUGCUUGUAGGGAUACAAAAAAAAAGUAUGAAAUGUCCAGUCAGAAUGGAGCUUUAGUGGCAGAAACACGCCUUCGGCAGGGCAACAGCCGUGGGAACAGCAUAGCACAAAGUGAGAACUGAUGAAGGAAGAGAAGUCUGUGGAGUGACACAGUAAUUUGUCACAUCAGGACACUAAAGUGUGUCUUUCUUUCCCUGCCUGUUGCUCUCUCUUUCACCUCCCCCCCCUCCCCCUCCCCCUUUCGACAAGCAGCAGAAACCAUUAAUAUGCCACGUGGUGUCUCCACAUCUGGAAGUGAUUUUGUGCGAGCAGGGCAGUAGACCACUUACUGUACUCACUGAUGUUUUCUUACACGGGAAGUAGGCGCUUUCCCUACUGCUCCAGUAGCAAUUAAAAGAUAUGAUUACUGCCGGCCGAUACCGAUCGCCAAGGUAAUCAGCCGGAGUGGACGGCCGAGGGUUCCGAUUUUUUGGGGUAAAAAAACAA